UCAGCUCGUCUCCGUUUCUGACCCACAGUAUCUAGGGCGGCGGCAACUCUCGCGGUAUUUGCUGUCGUCAGUGGGCGCCAGCCGCGGCCAGUUGGUGGCGGGCGUUUUUGGCUUCCUUUGUUGUUGGCGGUGUCGUGUUCCCUGGAGUUCCUGUGCCAAACAUCAUGACGUCCGCUUUGGAGAACUACAUCAACCGAACUGUUGCUGUUAUUACGUCUGAUGGAAGAAUGAUUGUGGGAACUCUGAAAGGUUUUGACCAGACCAUUAAUUUGAUUUUGGAUGAAAGUCAUGAACGAGUAUUCAGCUCUUCACAGGGAGUAGAACAAGUGGUAUUAGGAUUAUACAUCGUAAGAGGUGACAAUGUUGCAGUCAUUGGAGAAAUUGAUGAAGAGACAGAUUCUGCGCUUGAUUUGGGGAAUAUUCGAGCAGAACCUCUAAACUCAGUAGCACACUGAGGAAAAACUGCGUUCAUUGGACAUCUGUAAAUCUUUGUACAGAAACUGGUUAUUCUGAGGAAGAUGUGCAGAAUUUUUAUGAAUGUGUAAUUGUGGAUUUUGACUCAUUGAUUCAUUGUGAUAUGCUGUAAAUUAAAAUAUUUCUACAUUUUAUUGAAAAAAA